AUGGGGGCUGCAGAGAUGGGCUGGGCUGCGCUGCUGCUCCUGUUCUGCCUCACUCGUACCAGCCUGCAGGGGGGGCUGAAACCGCAGGUGCCGGGGGCGCUGGGGCGCCUCUACCUGCCCUCUCUGCUCCGUGGGAAGGUCCCCGUCUAUGCCCCCUACGGACUCCAGCCUGGCCCAGUGGUGCAGAACGGCUUCAGCAUCGGCCUGGGGGUCCCGGCCAAGCUGGGCAAAGCUGGAUUUGGUGCGUAUGCACAAGUUGUAAAACAGAAACCAGGACCUGGGGCUGGCCCCGGCUUGGGAGGAUACCCCGGGGGGGUGAUACAACCAGGGUACCCUGCAGCAGGUGGGGGCUUCCCUGUGAAUGGAGAAAGGCAACCAGCUUAUGCCAAUUAAGGGGCCCCUGGUGGCUACGGAGGAGGGGGAGCAGGUGGCAACGGCUGCCCAGGGCCAGGGCCGCAGCCGGGAUAUAGCAAUGGUGCCCUGGGGCCUUUUGGGGGCCGGGUUGGAGGCCCUGGUGCAGAGCCGUCAGCUGCUAAAUAUGGUCUGGGGCAAGGACCCUACGUGGUGGUGCCAGUGGGGCUGGGUGCGGACUUCAAUGCGGGCAAGCUGGGUGGUUCAGGACAGGCAACAUUCAGGGCACAGCCUGCUGGGUUGGAGGCCAAUGGCAACGGACUGGGAUACCUGAAUGGGGGAGAUCUCCAGGCCAAUGGAAUGGCUCCAGGUGCCUACGGACCCAUCUCCGUGGGGCCGGCUCUUGGUGGGUACGGCCCGGUGCCCGGUGCCCUCGCCCCAGGGGCAUAUGGUGGGAAGGAGUUCAAGUACGGCCUAAAUGGCUUCCUGGGCAAUGGCUACCGAGCCCGCUGCCCGGCCGGGAAGUGUUGAGUCCUGGGUGCCAGUUGUUUGCCGCAGGGGGACCCACCUUGCCACAUCUGGUGCUACGUGUGGUGCUACGAGGGAAAGAAAUUAUCCCGCUAUAACUUAUCGUCUUGUUGGGAUUUCUUAAUGGAUUCUUACAUGUUAAAAACCUGCAAUUUUGGGGGGUUUGUCGUCCUAGGCUUGUCACCCCACCCCUGCCCUCUGGGGCAAAAGGGGUGUCCAUGAGGGAGUAGGAAGUGUGUUGCGGGUAUCUGUAUCUGCCCCCUCUCUGCUGACAGCAGGAGGUGAGCGUGUCAGCAAUAAAA